ACUGUAGGCGUGGCAAGAGAGUUACUCAGCUGUACCCUGCAAAGUUUUACAGCUAGCAGCCUAAAACUUGGAAUGUGGUUAAGACUCAAGCUACUCCACAGACCCUAUCAAAAGUUCCCUAACUACAUUGACAAUAGCCUUGGCAAAUGGGUGGAUAAAAACCCUAAAGCCUUACAGUUACAAGCUGAAAGAACAAAAUUUGCCAACAGAAAGAAAUUCAAUGAAGUAUAUCUGAUAUUAUAUGCCUAUUCUGGGAGUGGCAUAUCAGAGAAACAAAGUUUCUAUUGUCUUUCAUUUCGUUCCAGAAUCAGACUGAAUCACAUUGAAUUCAGUGCACAAAUGAUUCAUAGAUCGAUCUCAGCUGCACUUAAGGCAAGACAACUCAUGAGCAUGAGUCAAAUUGAAGGCGUUUCGCGCUGAGCAGCCCAAGCCUCGCCCGCGCUGAGCGUGUAUCAUGCAGUCGCUCAAGCUCGGCUGCAACGUUCUCUUGUUUUGGUGCCGUUUUCGUGUUGAUUUCGUUGAGCGCAUUUCGCUGCAGAACGCCGGUCGAAACAGACGCAAGCUGUGCGUCCAAAUUGAUAAAUAAUCAGCACGCUCCAGCAGUAGCAGAGAGAGAGAGAGAGAGAGAGACAGAGCUUUCGUUGCCAAAAAAGAAAAAGCAAGAACGGAAAAAAGCGUACAAAAGUUUUUCAUUUGUGAAUCGGGCAUUCGAUUUGGCCUUGCGAAACUUUCCGGUUAACCGAAAUGGCCAACACGAACGUGAAAAUCGUCGAGUCGAAACUGGAUCUGUUCCAGGCACCGCAGCACUAUGCCCUGGCCCAUGCCGUCGACUCUUCCUUCACGGCGGUCCGCGGCUCCCUCGCCUGGCAGUUCGCCCUCAUCUACGGGGACGUGGACGAGCUGCGACGGCGUCGCGUCACCAGCGGCAACUGCGUCGUGCUCGAGCAUAAUGCACGAUUCGUCUACUAUUUGGUGACCAAGGCCAAUCUCUAUGCCGGCAGCAGCUACGACGAUGUCCAAGCGGCGUUGAUCUGCAUGCGAGAGCAUAUGCGGAAUCAUGAAAUCACCAAAGUGGCGAUGCCGCGGAUUUGCUGCGGCGACAGCGAAGGCCUCCAGUGGAAGCAAGUGAAGCGCAUCAUGCAGCAGAUAUUCGCUCACAGUGAGUAUCCCAUUGAGAUCAUGAUCUGCGAGCAUGACGACAUAGCCAGAGAGCUGGCCGCGCCAAAGUGUCAGAUAACCGAGGCGAAGGGCAACUUGUUUAGCGCACCGGAAGACUUCGCUCUGGUGCACUCGGUGAGCGCGGACUUUGCCAUGUGCGCCGGUAUCAACUUGCAGUUCCGCUGCAAAUUCGGCCAGGUGGACGAGCUGAAGCGCCAGCAGCGGCACACGGGCAACGUGGCCGUGCUGGAGCAGGGCGGACGGUACAUCUACAAUCUGGUGACCAAGGAGCGGGCACACGAGAAGUGCACCUACACGGCGCUCUACUAUGCGCUGCUGGCCAUGCGGGAACACAUGCGUGAGCAUCUGGUCACUAAACUGGCCAUUCCACGUCUGGGCUGUGGCAUCGAUCGUUUGGAUUGGCUGCGCGUGCGCAGCCUGCUGGAGCUGGUGUUCGUGCGUGAUGGCGUAGACAUCAUUGCCUUCUUCUAUCAGCCGCCCAGCAUGGAGCGCGAUACCAUCAAGGUGAUCUGUCCCACCUGCAGCCACAUGAAGCUCAUGCAGCUGCCGCGCAGCGUCAGCUCCUCGCGAAACUCGCUGCACAGGGAGAAGACGCCCUUCUGAGUGGCAGUUGGAUAAAUGGGAUUUCUUUGUAUAUAUAUACAUAUACUAUAUAUAAUUCUUAAUUUAUAACAUUCGAAAUGGGUUGGCAUGGGUUGCAGGGCACCAAAUGCACCGUUACUUAUAACUAGUUCUUAGCACAAGAAAAUUACAUUUAUUUUACGAAUAUUUAUAUGCAAUACAUACAUACAUACAUAAUAUAUUGACAGCAAAUAAAAAGACAACGCCUGAAGCUGGCUUUAAACGAA